GAUAUUUUCAGCCUAGUUGAUUGGUUUGACAGCAAUAUUCACUGAAGAAAAUCAAUCGCAUUCGGAAGGAAAAGCCUCAAUCCAUCACAUAUAUGGAUUUGCCAUAAGAGGGCGGCAUUGCACCAGUAGCCGCUUAACCAACCACUGUCGGGCAAAAAACCCAGUGUUAGUGCGUGCCAGGAGGACCAGUCGCGUUUUCCACCGGCACUUACGGGGAUUGAUCGUGCCACAUCGGGGGCAACGGCCAGGGGUUUUUGGCCCACCGAAUAUCUUGGUCCAAAGCGGGCCAACUAGGGCUUAAACUGUGGACAUGAACAAAAGCGGAGUUUACCUGAGUCUGGAGACGGUCUGCAGUACCGCUGCUCAUUUCGCAUGUUUUCAUAUCAGGCUACCAGCUAACCUCAACAUUUAAGGCAUUUUGAACCAUUUUCAGCUCAAAAGACACUUUCAGACACCAGCGAGUGUUCCAAAUAACUUGAAAUAAUAAAUACAUAGGCUUAAAUUACUUUGAAAUAAUAUAACUGAGUCCGACUCCGGAAAGCAUGGCGCUGGAAACAUGUAUUGCUUUUUUAUUAGCGGACAGUUAUGAUGCUGAAUAUUUCUUAUAUUUCAAGAAAAAUGCGACUCGCCGGAAAGCCAGAAUUAAGCUGAAAACUAAACAAAGUGAUAAUCUGAAAAGAGAGGAAGAAAGAGAAGUGUUCAAUACCAUACUGCAAAGCUUGACAAUAAGUGAGUUUAAGAGUCACUUCCAGCUGACGCCAACUCAAAUUGAGGAGUUGGUACGGCUGCUGGCACCCUGUAAAUGGACUGCCAUUAGGCAAGAGGGAUGGAGCGUGUGGCAUGCUGUGCUUGCCACUCUGUGGGCUCUUUCUACCCAAGAGUCUUACCACAGUGUGGCAAACCGCUUCCACAUCACAGAGUCACUCAUUUGUGAUCAGCUGGUUGAAUUCUGCAUCCUUAUUACCAGCAAUUUGGCUAAUGAAAUUCACUGGCCUCAGGGGGAGGAAGCAGAAAUGUCUGUGCUGGGCUUCUUUUCUACUGUGGGGUUACCAGACACUCUCUGUGUAGUAGGAACGUGUUUCAUUCCUAUUGAGAAGCCUACUGAUCUGCCAGAUCCAGAGGUAUAUAGAGAUGCAAAGGGGUUGUACUCUAUAAAACUCAUGGCUUUUUGCAACCACAAGGGUCGUUUUACCUAUGUGACUGCAGAGCACCCUAGUAACUGGCAUAACUCAAGAGUACUGUUAGCCACGGAGAUUGGCAAGGCAUUGCAGGAAGACCCCGUGGCUCUCCUACAUGGCAAGCACAUCAUAGGUGAUUCCACCUUCCCACUUUCAGAGCACUUCCUGACCCCGUUCCCUGAUUAUGGAACAGUCGGACAGAAAAAAGUAUGUUAUAAUCAGAAAGUGCAGUCAUCUCUUGCAGUGGUGCAAGGUUCCAUCCAUAAUCUGAGAUCUCGUUUUCAAAGGCUCCGGUGUCUGCAGAAGCAUUCCAUCUGUCAAACCAGCUUAGCUGUGAAGGCCUGCUGUAUUUUAUACAACAUGUUCCUAGAAACGUAUAAUGUGCCAGUGGAUUGCAUGGAAGAUGAUAUAACCCAAGAACCUUUCCAUGAACUACCUUAUGGACAUUCUGGAAGUCUUGGUGGAAUAUCUAAAAGACAAGACAUUGCCGCCUUACUUGGGCGAACCACUAAAAAAAGAAAAUGAAUGUACAAUUAGAAAAUUAUUUUCAGUUUUGCAUAUGAUAAUGA